AUGCUGACCGAGAAGGUCAAGUUUGACAGAGGUGAGGUGGAGGAGAGGAUUGUGGAUAUCUACGUCAGUGCCGACCCCCUGAGAGACGAACAAACUAGUUCUGAAGGCUGGCAGAUGUUUGAUUCCAGUUGGUACUUCCUGUCUACCAAGACUAACACCUGGAAGGAGAGCAGAGAGGACUGUCUGGAGAGAGGAGCAGACCUGGUGAUCAUAAACAGUGAUAAGGAACAGACAUUUCUGUACAACCUCAAGAAGAGAGUCUGGAUUGGUCUGACUGACUCUGUUAAUGAGGGGACCUGGAAAUGGGUGGACGGCACAUCACUGUCCACAGGGUACUGGUAUGACAAACAGCCUGAUAAUGUUGGUCCUACUGGGGAGGACUGUGCUGAGAUACACACAGAUCAGAGUCCUCUAAAGGCAUGGAAUGACAUGUCAUGUGACAGCAAACUCAACUGGAUUUGUGAAAAAGUUGUUUAA